AUGUUAUUAAGAUUAUCUUUAAUUGUAUUAGCCUUUACAGGUUUAGCUUCUGCAAUUAAUAAUGGAUUGGGUUUAACUCCUCAAAUGGGUUGGAAUUCAUGGAAUUACUAUGCAUGUGAUAUUAACGAAACAGUAAUUAUGAAUACUGCUCUUGCAAUGAGCAAAAAUGGUAUGGCUGCAGCUGGUUAUAAAUAUGUAAAUAUUGAUGAUUGCUGGGCACUUGAAAGAGCUUCAAAUGGUACUGUUAUUCCAGAUCCAAAAGCAUUCCCAAAUGGUAUAAAAUAUGUUGCCGACUAUAUUCAUUCACUUGGUUUACUUAUUGGUAUUUAUACUGAUGCCGGUCUUUAUACCUGUCAAAAGAGACCAGGCAGUUAUGGUUUCGAAGAAAUUGAUGCCAUUACUUAUGCAGAAUGGGGUAUCGAUUAUUUAAAGGAAGAUUGGUGUUAUUCAUUCCUUGAAAACCCACAAGAAAGAUAUCAAAUUAUGUCAAAUUCUUUAAAUGCCACUGGUAGACAAAUCUUCUUUAGUCUUUGCGAUUGGGGUACAGAUAAUCCAUGGACAUUUGGUGGUGCUAUUGCUAACUCAUGGCGUACAACUCCAGAUAUUAAAGAUAACUGGGAUAGUAUGAUGGCAAAUUUAAUGGCCCAAGCUAGUAUUUCUUCUUACAGUGGUGUUGGUGGUUGGAACGAUCCAGACAUGUUAGAGGUAGGUAACGGUGGUAUGACCAAUACUGAAUAUAUUUCACAUUUCUCAUUAUGGUCCAUUUUGAAUGCCCCAUUAAUCGCUGGUAAUAAUUUAAUCGACAUUGACCAAGAAACUUUAUCAAUUCUUACUGCCACAGAGGUUAUUGCUGUUAAUCAAGAUCCAUUAGGUGUUCAAGGUGCUCUUGUCAAAUCCUAUAAUGGUGGUUUACAACAAAUUUGGGCCAAACCAAUGGCUGAUGGUUCAAGAGCUGUCGUUCUCUUCAAUACUGAUACCAAUCCAGCCACCAUCACUCUUAAUUGGGCAGAUAUCUGGGUCGCUCCAGUUACUCAACAAUUAGUCGUUAGAGAUUUAUGGCAACAAUCCAAUCUUGGUACUUUUGCAACUACUUUUGUUAGUGAAGUUAUUCCACCACAUGGUUGUGUUAUGUUAAAAUUAACCCCAGCAACAAACUAA